AUGUCGUCAAUCAUCACUUCCAUCAAGGAUCUCAUCACCUCAAUCUUCGAGGUCAUCUUCUCUUCGUUCAAGGGCGUAUUCGAUGGAGUAUAUGGGAUCAUCCAUGCUUUCUUCGGCUUCUUCAUCGAUAUCAUUAAGAUGGCCCUGAAUACUGUGAAGGGUACGCUGGAAGCAGCGGGUGGAGUUGGCAAGUUUAUCGCUAGCAACUUACUCGUCAUCGUGGUUAUCGGUAUCGGAGCUUAUGGGUACUUGGACUAUCAGCGGCGCCAAGGGCGUACUGUGAAGGUUGGAAGCAAGAAACUGAACUAG